CAUUCACCAACUAAAACAUCAACAUUGUACGAGUCUUGAGAUCACGCGAGAUGAACCGAAGUCAAUAAUUUCGAUCUUAUCCUGUGCGAGGUACCAUUUGGCCGCCUUCAUUCAAGGUUAGGGGCGAGAGUGAAUGCACUGUCCGUCAGUCCUGUCUCAUUUUGCAGCUGUCUUUUGCCUCUUAAUAAAAAAAUGAAUCGGCAAUCUGCAUGCGGGCCACUGCGCUGGCAUCUCACCAUGAGUGAGCAUCCUAAAUGACUCCUGGAUGCUCCAUUAUGCGAGCGCAGGAAGGCUGGAAAUCCAACCCCCGAGUACAGCCACUUGUGCCCAGAAGUGCCACUCUUUUCACUCCAGUCAUGUACCUACGUCAAGUGCCUCCUCGAAGGUUGCUUUCCAAGUUGUUCCAGUUCCUGCUUUUAGUCGUUUUAAUGAUUACUGUUGUUAUAAAUAUCCUGUUCAUUUUGGACACAAGUCGAAAGUUGCAAGAAGACUCUCCGUCUUUAGGCGAUUCAGAUGGCAUAGGCGGAGGCGAAAAACGCCACAACAGCUUUAGAUUACAAGAAAGUUUGCCAAAAACAUUGACUGUAGAAGUUCUCUCAAGUCAGUCAAAAGUAUCCGUUUCAGUUGAUGGUACCACUAUUCUGGAAGAUGCAGAAGACAAUAAAGGAAGAGGAAUACAUGUACUAGUCCUAAACCAAGCUACAGGCAGUGUGAUGGCCCAACGUAUGUUUGACACAUAUUCUCCGCAUGAAGAUGAAGCAAUGUCUUUGUUCCUCAACAUGGUCUCAGAUGGAAGGAUUCUCAUUUUUACUAUUAAAGAUGAAGGGACGUUCCAGAUGAAGCAACCUGCUAGGGAAUUAUUGAAGCGGUUAGGCAGCAAAAAGGCCCAUGUUAUUGGCUGGAGAGAUAUGUGGGCCAUGGCAACUCAAAAGGGAGGAAAACUAUAUGGUGAAAAUUACAGUAAAAGUCCUGAAUUUAACAGUUGGGGAGCACCUGUUUUGUUGAGAGUUGAAGUUCCUUUAGUUCCUGUGGAAGAAAGCGAGUGUGACUGGGCAGACAAUGAAGAGAACACUCGACGUAGGGGCUUUUGUAACCACAUUGAAGGCUAUGGAAGCGUUUGUAGCUGCGUAGAUCCAGCUCCUCUUUCAUUUUCUCCAAAAGAUAUUCAAAAUAAUAGGGUGAGAGAUGUCCCAGUUGCCAUCAUUGCCAGCAACAGGCCUCAUUAUUUAUAUAGGAUGCUACGAUCUCUUUUGUCUGCUCAUGGUUGUAACCCUGAAAUGAUAACUGUGUUCAUAGAUGGAUAUUUUGAGGAACCCUUGGAAGUGACCAAGUUGUUUGGUUUGCGGGGAAUUCAGCAUACUCCAAUUGGUGCCAAGAAUGCAAGAAUAUCACAACACUACAAAGCUAGUCUUACUGCAACAUUCAACCUAUUUCCUGAUGCAAAGUAUGCUAUUAUCAUUGAAGAAGACUUGGAUGUUUCCCCUGACUUUUUUAGUUACUUCAGUCAAACUUUACGCUUAUUAGAAGAGGAUGAAUCAAUUUAUUGUAUCUCUGCGUGGAACGAUCAGGGAUAUGAACAUACUAGUGAAGAUUCUGGGUUGUUAUAUCGUGUAGAAACGAUGCCUGGAUUGGGCUGGAUAUUAAAACGUAGCUUGUAUAAAGAAGAGUUGGAACCAAGAUGGCCUACGCCUGAAAAGUUGUGGGACUGGGACAUGUGGAUGCGUCUCCCAGACAUUCGUAAGGGGCGAGAGUGCAUUGUACCCGACGUUUCUAGGACAUAUCAUUUCGGCUCUUCCGGUUUGAAUAUGAAUUCUUUUUUCCAAGACAUCUAUUUCAAAAAACAUGCAUUCAACACUCAGCCCAAUGUAGAACUAAAGGAUUUAGACAGCGUAAAGAAAGACAAUUAUGAAGAAGUUAUUCAUGAUUUGUUGAGGAAAGCUGUUGUCUUAGAUCAUAGUAAAUCUCCAUGUGAGGAAAAUUUUAUUCCUGAUACAAAGGGGGAAGUAUAUGUGAUGUUUAUAAAGAUGAAUGGACCUAGAGAUUUUACCACCUGGUUACAAAUAGCCAAGUGUUUCAAAAUCUGGGACUUGGACGCCAGAGGUUAUCAUAAAAGCAUGUGGAGGCUUUUUAUGAAAGGAAAUCAUUUACUAGUUGUUGGAGUGCCAAAUUCUUCAUAUUCGUCUUUCAAGCCUGCACGAGUGACACCCAUCUACUUGGAAGAUCAGAAAAUUGAUAAAGAUAGACUUCGGUAGUCUAGUGCCAUAAUAAAGUUCAUGUUAUGACGUGAUCUCAGAAAAACUUUUUGAAAUUAGUGAAUUGUCCCUUCAAGUACAAUUCAAGGAUUGGCUCUGUAUUAUAUUAUAAAUCAUAGACUGCUUUUUCAGAGACUGUACAAGUAACUACCAUGCUGGGCGUGGUUAUUCUCACCAUAGAUGUGUUCAUCAAAACGAAGGAAAAAAGCUGGAUUUUUAACAAUUCAUUCAUCAUUUUGUUAUAAAAUUGUACAUAUUGCACUUUAUAAUUUCACAACAAAUUUGUAUUAUACUUUUUCUCACUUUUGUCAUCCAAAAUAGUGAUUCCAAAUGCUGUUCAAUGCAACGUUAGGAGUACAUAGUUCACUUUUAUUUUGAAACAAAUUUUCAGAUUAUUACAUUAUUUUGAAAUUUUGUUUUCAUAUUUUUUAUUACUUCAAAACCCGUAAGAAUGAGUUGCAUUUUUUUCAAAUCGAAGUUACAUCUGCAAAAAAUGUUUAAAAUAUUUUUUAGCCUUUUCUUUUUUUUUUUUUUUUUUUCAUUUCUUUAACUCCAUUUUUCUUCAUCUCGUUGCCCUUCCCUUUCUCUAAUCCAUACAAGCAUUCUUAAUGAUAUUAUUUUUUUUUCUACAUCGUGACGUAUGAUUUCUUUCACUGUUUCAAAAACAAGAUGUUUUGACUUUCAAUAACUACUUUAAUUGCCAUUUUCAUAUUUUAAAAAUUUCUUUGGCAGCUUGCUUGUAAAUAUUUGUGAUGAUACAAAAUCAAUAAUAUUUUGUAUCAGUUAUCUAAAUUAAUGGCAGCUAGAAUAUAAGUAUAAGUAUAUUGCUAUUCGUUUAAAAUAUUUUUUUUAAUUAAUCAACAUUAAAGUUAAAUGUUUGGGUAAUGUAGAAGUUCCUAUAUUGAGAAUUAUAUGAGGAUCAAGAAAGAGUUUGAACUGAAUGCUUGAAACUGAAGCUCUGUUUGAAAUUGAUGAAAAUUUUUCAAAUUCAAAGGUUAAAACACAAACUCUGACAACUUCCUUUUUUUUUUUAAAUUGAAAUUGUGUAAACUAUUAAGCCAUUCUUGUAAGUUAAGAAUAUCCCAAAUAGUGGUUAUUUUGGAUGUCCUUUAGCAAAUCAUGACAAAUUUUAUUGAAAAUCUUUUGUUAAAAUCGAAAUAUAUUUUUUUUUACUACAUCGGACUUCAGAUGGAAAAUGUAUUAAUAUAGCCUAAUAAAAUUAACCAGCCCUCUCUAUGGACCCCCCAAUUUCGAAGUUGAAGCGCUUUUUUUUUUAGACUGUUAUUGCUAGUUGCUUGAACUGUUCUCAUUUUGUCUCCUAAUAUCACAAUAAUCUGAAAAAUAGUCCACAAUCACAAAAAUUGAUGCAUUUCACAUUCAUGCAAUUUUAAUACAUUUGUUGUGCAUAAACUCUAAUAUGAGUGUAAUAGCAUCUGUUUUUUCAAUUGCAAAUUGUACAGAAAGAACCAUCCAUACUUCACAAUGAUUAAAUCAAUUAACUUCAUCAUGAUAUGAAUAAUAAAGUGUACUUUUAUAAAA